GCUCUCUUGCAGGCGCGAAAGUUGGUGGUAGACCGUUAGACAUGUAUAUCAUGCGAUUCGUCUGCGCGCUGGCGCUGUUUAAGUUCAACGUAAUGUGCAGCCACGGGCUGUGCUACAGUUUUGAGAAAUUACUGUGGGGUCUCAGGCACCCAAUAGGCAUUGUCCCUUUGCCCUCAUAUGAGCAGUAUGUGCUAGUAGGGGAGCACAGAGGCAUUAUUAUGCAAAUGCCAUUAAGGAGUUUCGCUAGUGAGAAUAUUCACGUGUUCUUGAACUUAACAAGUAAGGUGUUAACCUCGAAUGCACCAGCAGAUGAACGCGGGCUGCUGAGCUUCGUCCUCGACCCAGAUUUUCCGCAAGAGAGAAGUGUCUACGUCUGCUACAGUGCCCCUUCGAAACAAGCCGGUAUGGACCACGAAACAACCAUCUCCAGAUUUGCGAUAUCUGGCGACGUACGCAGCAACACGCUCAAGGCGGUGGCAGAGGUGGUUCUGCUGAGGGUGGCGCAGCGCAACCGCCGUUACAACGGGGGCCAGCUGCUGUUCGGGCCAGACCGAUUCCUGUACGUCACCACGGGCGACGACGCCAGCAACAGCAGCCACCGCUUCGAUCUCGACUCCUUCCUGGGUAAGGUUCUUCGGCUGGACGUGAGGAGACGCCAGCACUACGCAGUGCCUGCUGACAAUCCGUUUGUUGGCCUCGGACCGCCGCUACUGCCCGAGGUUUACGCAUACGGUUUCCGGAAUCCGUGGAGGUGCACUAUUUACUCAACGGAGGAGGGGCACGACCAGGUGCGGCUGCUGUGCGGAGACACGGGGGUCGAGCAGCCACACGGGCCCGAGGAGGAGGAGGUGUAUCUGGUGGAGGCCGGCAAGCGUCACGGCUGGCACCAGGGGGCUCCGUGCUCCGAAACAUGCCACCGUCCGGCCAAAGGCGGACUGGCGGCGGUGGACAGCGACGGCCCCGUGUUCCGCUACAGCCGGGCCGGCGGCGCACAGGCCAUCGUCGGGGGCGUCGUGUACGGGGGCCGCGCGCUGACGGCGCUGCGCGGGAAGUUCCUCUACGCCGACUUCGUUCACGGGUCGCUUCAUGCACUGAACCCGGUGGCAGAACAGAGCACGUGGAUCUCCGAAGACCUUUGUCUCAAAGCAUGCGAUGGUCAACGGAACAGUCCUGCAGCAUUCUACGUGCUCGCAAUAUCGACGGACGCUGACGAUGAACCAUUGAUACUGACCACGACUGACCUGAGGAAUAAUGUUCCAAGUGGAGUCGUCUACCGUCUCAAGGACGACGACUGCCAAGGGUCUCAAGGUUCCUUCCAUGCCACGGCGGGGAUCUUCGGGCCGGCCAUCUUCAUGGUGGCACUGGCGUUCGCGGCUCCCUAAGCCUGGAGGCCCGCCAAGGGCUCUCUGGGAUAUAUCAGCGGCGCUAGUUGACUGUCGCGCGCACAAGCUUUCGAUAUGGCUGCUGUUGCCGCCGUGAGUGUUCAAUUGAGCUUUCUGUGCAUCUGGUGCCGCCUUCUCGUACUGCUUCCCUAUUACAUCUGGUGAGACAACUGGUGAGAUACGGGCACACGGCCUUCACCGACGGGCUGUCAUGGUCACCAGCAGGCUCGCUUCCACUCCAGUUACGCAAGUAAAAACUGUUGGCCGUUCACAUGCGAAUAUAUUCACAGAGAGUGUAUACAUGGUGCAAUCCUUACUCAUGUAAUGUCGAAUAAAAUUACUAUUUCCGUCUUGAAUUCAA